GCGCGAUCACGACAACAAAGCCCUUCCCCUUUUGCCGCCACUUUCUUUCACAGUCACAUAGCCUGUCCAUUGUUGGAUCCAACUUUGCGCCUUUCACGCAUCAGGCUGCUGGAGCAGUCGCCCAGCUUUCCGCUCCUUACCCCCUCCCCCUCUCACCCACCGUCGCCAGCACCCAGUGAGAGCCCAGGACCAGCACCAUGUUCUCCUCCUUCCGCCGCAAGCCGUCGAAGAAGGACACGGAACCGCCGCCCGGCAUCCGCGCGACGCCCUCGCUCCCAGAGCUUAACAGCCAGGGCAUCCCAUGGCCCGAGAACCUCGUCGACGCGCGCGUGCUGCAGCAGGAGCUGGGGAUGCAGACCCCGUCCCCGGGCGGCGCGCGCCCGUCCCUGCACAACCGCGAGCACCCGCCGGUCUCGUUCCACAAGCCCUUCCGCUCGAACUCGCAGUCGCAGUCCGACGCGGGCGCCGACGCGUCGGGCAAGAUCUCGUCGCUGUACAUGGCGGAGAAGCCGAACAAGCUCGAGCUGCGCAAGUCCGUGCACAGCCAGACGCCGUCGCACCGCUACACGCAGCGGCGCGCGCGCCUGCCGCCGACGUUCAACUUGAUGGUCGUCGGCGGUAUUGGAACUGGCAAGACGAGCCUCCUGCGUCUUCUGUUGGAGACUGCGGACCUGUCUCCGGCAGCGACGAACGAUCAGCGCGCCGCGCUCGACCGCUUCCUCCGCGGUCCGCCCCGCACCACCAAUGCCAUUGAGACCGCGUGCGUUGAGAUAUGCGAGUCGCGCUUCGACCGUGUCCUGCUGUCCGUCAUUGACACGCCUGGCCUCGACUUCUCGGCCGGCCGCGAGCUCAAGCUGGAGCGUCAAGUGAACAGCGUGAUGAAGUACGUCGACGCGCAGUAUGCGGAUACGAUGAGCGAGGAGUCCAAAGUGGUCCGUCAGAACAAAGGGGAUCAGCAUAUUCACCUCUGUAUCUACCUCAUCGACCCCUCCUCCGUUAAGCCCUCAGAGCCCAAGGCCACCCCCCAGGAAAACCACCCCGAAGUAUCUAUCCCCCAAGAGGGUUCUUCCACGACCCCUGAUCUCGUCCCCGACACAUCCUCCGAGGCUGGCGACGAUAGCGAGGACGAAGGCGGCAGCGAAGGUCCUCUUUCUCUUUCUCCCGCCGAAAUUCGCGUCAUCCGCCGUCUAUCUACACGCUGCAACGUUUUGCCCGUAGUUGCGCGCGCAGAUUCGCUCACGGACGAGAAUCUCGCCGCUGUUAAGAAAGCCGUGCGCCACGAUCUGUUGGCAGCAGGGCUGGGCUUUGGCGUGUUUGGUCCGAAUGCGGAGCCUACGGCCACGCCGCCGUCAAGCGCGCGCAAGACGCAAUUUGAGGAGGCCGAAGAGGGAACCCCGAAGGCGGAAGCUUCGGCUACGAAUGGUCACGCAGAGACCAAUGGCCACGCAGAGGCCCUCAACGGUCACGCAGAGACACAGAACGGGCACGCUGAGCCUGCGAACGGCGACUCAAGCGCCCCUGCAGGCGGAGAGAUCAAGGACGUGGCCGAGCCAAUUGCGGAUACCAGCGGCGAGCCUUCCCCUGCCACCCCAUCCGGCAGCCCCGUCAAGCAAGCCAGCACCCCCACCAGCCCCGCGACCAGCCCAGCGAAGGACACCGAGCGCCAGUCGCGCGGCAUCAUCAAGCUCCGCCCCAGCCGCCACCGCUCGCGCUCCCGGCGCGAGCGCUCCGUCGUCAUCGACGACGAGCCGAGCCCCGCCGCGGACCCCGAGAGCGUCGCGAACGUGCGCUUCUCCGCCAGCGUCGUCGCGAACGCGGAUUUGGGCGCCGCGAUGCCGUUCGCGCUGAUUGCGCCCGAGGCGAGUCGGCGGGGCGUGCCGCGGAGGCACAGCGUGAGCAGGCAGGGGCGCGCUGCGUCGAACGGUGCACCUCCGGGGUCGCCGGACGAAGGGCAAGAGAGCGCGCCGAUAUCGCCUGGGGGCGUUUCGCGCCUGAGCCGCUACCAGAGCGCGCCGCCGGCGGACUUGAAGGGCGUGUUCGUUCGAAAGUACCGGUGGGGCGUGAUCGACGUGCUCGACCCGCGGCACUGCGACUUCGCGAUGAUGCGCACGGCGGUGUUGUCGACGCAUCUGAAGCCACUCAAGACACGCACAAAGGAGGUUCUGUACGAGAAAUACCGGACUGAAAAGCUUCUCGCGCGGCGAGCGACCGCGAACAUCUCUGAGGACGAGAGGAACCGCUUGCUGGAAGAACUCGGGCUGUGAACAUACUAAGUGUCACGAUGCGUAUAUCGGCGCCAUCUAUCUGGAAGUAAAUUAUCGUGUAUUUCCGGCCACUACGCUCCCCACCUCCCCUUUACCCUUUCUCAUUCAUACCCUUUUGGUUUACCCACUUCUCGUCUCAUACCUGUACUCACAACGCGCGUGCGCUAUUACUAGCAUAGCGUACACGUUCUGUUCUUAUUCGUCGCUGUCUGAUUUUUCACCCUUGGUUUACACAUUCGUACUUACGGACUGACGCCUGGCGCUUUGUCCCUUGGGAUCGGUUGACUCGUUCUAUGCUCACCUGGAAGGCACCUUUACACACUACUUGAUAAAGGAGCCGCGAUGCGGUUUGACUCGACGUCUGUGAUUGCUG